UAUAUCACUGCAGCGCCCAAGAAAAAAUUAGAGAAAUAAUAGUAGUGAUAGUACACAGUUCAAGCAUGAGUUUGCCUUGCGGUGUCUUUGAUCUUGGCAAAUACACUGUUGAUUCGAAAACCGUACCUGAGAAAGAUCGUUCCAACCCCUCAGGUCCUAAUAAGCCUCUCCUAAUUAAGUAUCCAACUGAUGGAGAGGAGACUAAGUUCCCAGUGGUCUUAUUGCUCCAUGGAUAUUUACUGGUUAAUUCCUUCUACUCUCAGCUUAUGCACCAUGUCGCUUCUCAUGGGUUCAUUGUAAUAGCUCCUCAGCUAUACUCAAUAGCAUGCCUAGACUGUGAAGGAGAAAUCCAGUCAGCAGCAACGCUGACAGACUGGCUCAUCGACAAUCUAGCUCCAGCCCUGCCUGGCAUCAAACCAAACCUAAACAAGCUCGUAAUCUCCGGCCACAGCCGUGGUGGCAAAGACGCUUUCGCCCUUGCCUUAGGCCUUGCCAAAACCAAGCUCGAAUUCUCAGCGCUAAUCGGCAUCUGUCCAGUCGAUGGACCGCUAGGAGGAAUUCAAACAUUCCCUCCAGUCCUCACUCACAACCCUCACUCAUUUGAUCUCAACAUGCCGACAUUGGUAAUUGGUUCAGGCCUUGGUGGGGUACCGAGGAUUUCAUGUUUAAAUUGGCCUUGUGCACCAAAGGGACUGAGUCAUGAGGAGUUCUUCAAGGAGUGUCGCGCUCCUUCGUGGUACUUUGUUGGGAACGAGUAUGGGCACAUGGAUGUGUUGGAUGAUGAGACUGAGGGACUUAAAGGGAUAAUAUCUAAUUGCACUUGUAAGAAUGGGAAGGAGAGGAAGCCAAUGAGGUUGUUUGUGGGUGGAGUUAUGGUUGCAUUUAUAAGAGGGUAUUUGGAUGGUGACAAGAAGGAUUUGGAGGCUAUUAGGGAUGAUCCAAAGCUUGCGCCUAUUGAGUUUUCAGUGGCUACACGAUAGAGUUUGCAGUGCUAAUAUUCCUAUAUAUGAUCGAUGUAUAUCACAUAUAUCAUCACUCCAGAAGAGUUUAUUUAAACUAGCACAUGACAGAUAUUAUAAAUUUUUUAGGGAUCUCGCUUUUCAAUCUAAA